AGAGGAUGGGGCAACUCUGAAACCCUGGCGAUUGGCUGAAGCCCCAGUUGUCGAAAGUAUUUCCGGGUUAGAUGGGAAUCCAGCUUCCGGCUUGGUUUUGCCUAAGAGGCGGCUGAAGAGGUUCCGCCAAGGAAAGGAGAGCGGUUGGGGGAGGGGAAAAAAAAGAGAGGCGUGUUCCGGGCAGAGUUUCUCCUCGGGCGCGCUGAGGGGCGUCUCGUCGUGACCAUGGAGAAACUUCGGCGGGUGCUGAGCGGGCAGGACGACGAGGAGCAGGGGCUGACGGCUCAGGUACUUGAUGCUUCAUCCCUUAGUUUUAGUACCCGAGUGAAAUGGUUUGCUAUAUGUUUCGCAUGUGGCAUUUUGUGUUCCAUUCUAGGGACAACAAUGCUCUGGCUCCCAGGAGGUGGCAUGAAGCUCUUUGCAGUGUUCUAUACCAUAGGAAACAUUGCUGCUUUAGCCAGCACUUGCUUUUUGAUGGGUCCUUUGAAGCAGCUGAAAAAAAUGUUUGAGCCAACAAGAUUGCUUAUUACAAUUGUUAUGUUGUUCUCUUUUAUACUUACCUUGUGUGCCGUGUUCUGGUGGGAAAAGAAAGGGCUAGCUCUGCUCUUCUGCAUUAUGCAGUUCCUGGCAAUGACAUGGUACAGUCUAUCAUAUAUCCCUUAUGCAAGGGAUGCUGUAAUGAAAUGCUUCACAUCAUGCCUAGGUUGAAGUAAACAAGAGGAACUUUAUACAAUAAUACUAGAAUUCUCAGCGUUUACUCAUUUGUUUCAGAUUCUGAAACUGUGACAUCCUUCUUCCAUAUGGGGAUUAAACUGUGCUAGCAGAACUAACUUUAAACAGACAUGCACAGACUGGUAUAUCAGAAAAACUUGAUAUAAAUUGAUACUUGUUCUUACUUUACCUCACAUAAUUAUCUCAAAACUGCCAAUCAGAUUCUGCUAACAUAGUUGAAUCUCAUAAUUAGAUAGUCUGUUGAUUUCAAGUAAAAAGCAUGUAAAUACAUUUCUCUCAGUUUUGCCAUUUAUCUCUCCUGUUUGCGCACUGUUUGCUGUAUUCUUUCCAAAGAACUUUAAAAUUGUAAAGUGAAGUGUAUUACUACAUUUAUAGCUAAUGGGGUUUCUUUAAUGGUAAAAGCUGUAUAAUAUGCAAAUACUGUAAAUGUAUAAGAAGGCUGUUUUUAAACACAUCAACUCUCUUCGUAAUACCAACUUUUUAUACUGUGAUGCAUAAAAGUACACUUGUCUGAAAGUGCUUAUGAGUAAUAUAUUAAAUCAAUAAUUGUGGAAUAAAU